AUGGAGGAACAUAACCACCCUUCCAGUCUAUUGUACAUUCAUCCGAGCGAAAGCCUAGCGAUCUCUCUUGUUUCACCUCUCUUGGAGUCCAAUAACUACCAUGCCUGGAGCAAAUCUAUGUACACCGCCUUGAGUGCCAAGAACAAAAUUCAGUUUAUUGAUGGCACCGCCACCCCGCCACAAAAGGAAGUUGAUUCCUACCAUGCUUGGAUAGGAUGCAACAACAUGGUGGUCUCUUGGCUAGUACAUUCAGUUUCCCCUGACAUACGCCGCAGUAUUCUAUGCAUCUCUGAAUUACAAAAUGAAGUUGUCUCUCUAAAAAAAGGAGAAAGAUCCGUGAUGGAAUAUUUUACCAGGCUUCGUGUUAUCUGGGAUGAGAUUGACAACUUUCGCCCCGAGCCAACCUGCUCUUGUGAAGUCAGGUGUUCUUGCAACUUAACUUCAACGAUUUCCCAAAGAAAGCAUGAGGAUCACGUCCUACAAUUUCUUCGCGAAUUGAAUGAACAAUAUAGUAAUAUUCAGUCGCAUGUUUUGUUAAUGGAUCCUAUGCCUUCCAUUUCAAAAAUCUUUUCUUAUGUUGUUCAACAAGAAAUACAAGUUAUGAGCAAUAAUUUCCUCAACGGGCUGGAAAUUAAACACGUCGCUGUUGUGGUCAUUGUCACUUGUUCUUAUUGUGGCAAGAAUGGUCACAAUGAGUUGGUUUGUUUCAAGAAACAUGGAUUUCCUUCAAACAAAAAUAUCACUGUUAAGAAGAUUUGUUCUCAUUGUGGCAAAACUGGACAAACAAUUGAGGUCUGCUACAAGAAACAUGGGUUUCCUCCAGGUCAUAAAUUCCAUAAUAGCAAAAGUCUCAUGUCCACAAGCCAAAAUAUCAGGAAUGAUGACAACGAUCAAGAAGUACGCUUGACACAACAGCAGUAUCAAGCUCUCAUGGCCCUUAUGAAAUCUCCCAAUAACCCAGGAGUCCCAUCUACUAAUCAAAUAAGUUCUGUAAUAUCUGAUUCAACUAAUACAGGUAAAUCCAUUUUUACUCUUUUCUCUCAUGAAGGUAAAGAUAUUCUAUCUUGGAUUCUAGACUUUGGCGCAAUAGAUCAUGUUGUUUCUUCUCUUACGAACUUAUAUUCGUAUGAAAAUAUUACUCCUAUAACUAUAAACUUACCGAACGGUAUGAAAACUACUGCCACUCAUAAAGGAAUUGUUAAAAUCAGUGAAAAACUCUUCCUAGAAGAUGUUCUUUUCAUUCCAGAUUUUUGCUAUAACCUCAUUUCUAUAUCCAAGUUAGUUGCCCAUAAUCAUCUAUGCAUUAUAUUCACUGACAACACUUGUUUCAUUCAGGAUCUGAGCACCAACAACAAGAUUGGUUCAAUUGAGCUACAUGGAGGACUAUACAUUUUUAGUGGCCCAAUUGAGCUACAUGAAAGGAAACACCAACAUCUUCUAAAUGUAAUAAGAGCCUUGCUCUUCCAUUCUAAAAUUUCCACUCAAUUUUGUACAUAUGCUCUCAACUAUGCUACUCUUCUUAUUAACAUAAUGCCUACCCCUUUUCUUAAUAACAGUUUGCCAUAUGACAAAUUAUAUAACAAUGCUUUUGAUAUUUCUAGAUUAAGAGUCUUUGGUUGUCUUUGUUAUGUUAGUACUAUUCAUGCUAAUAGAAAGAAGCUUGACCCCUGUGCCAAGUCCAGCAUCUUUCUCGGCUUACAUCCUACUACUAAAGGUUACAUCACUUAUGAUCUUGAUACCCAUGAUAUUAAAGUUUCUAGAAAUGUUUUUCUUGAAAACGAAUUUCCUGUCAUUACCUCUCCUCUUGUUUAUGAUCCGAGUGCCUCAAUAUCGUUAUCUACUAACCCUUUUAUGUAUAAUGAUGACAAUGCUCACACUAUUGUUCCCACUGAAACAAAUCAUCAAACUCAUAUAGAAGAUGAAAAUAAUUCUCCAAGAAGAUCAACUAGAGUUAGAAAACCCCCUGCUUAUCUACGAGAUUUUCAAAUCUCUUCUUAUGGCACUACUCAAAUAAAAUACCUAAUUUCAAAUGCCUUAUCUUUUGAUAACAUAUCUACUACCUAUACAGCUUUCAUUUUUUCUCUAGACAACACUGCUGAUCCACAGAAUUACAAAGAAGUCGUUCAACACGAUCACUGGCAGCAUGCUAUGAAGGAAGAUAUCAUGGCUCUAGAGCAAAACAAUACGUGGACUAUUACUACUCUUCCUCCAAAAAAAAAAGGCCAUAGGGUGAAAAUGGUCAAACUAACUAGCGUUCGUUUUGUCUUAUCUCUGGCUUCAGCUAAGAAUUGGCACAUUCGACAAUUACAUGUCAAUAAUGCCUUCUUACAUGGUGAUUUAAGUGAAGAAGUAUAUAUGCAAAUACCACCAGGGGUUCCUACAACAGGUAAAAAUCAGGUUUGUCUCCUUCACAAAUCCCUUUAUGGUUUGAAACAAGCUAGCAGACAGUGGAAUAACAUUACCAUAAUGCUUGUUUACAUUGAUGAUAUCAUAAUUACUGGUAAUAAUAUUUAUGAUAUUGAUAACAUAACUGACCUGCUUAAUGACAGCUUUAGAAUCAAAAAUCUUGGCAAUCUAUCUUACUUUCUGGGUUCUGAAGUCGUUAGAAGCAGUGCAGGAAUUCUCUUAACCCAGCGGAAAUAUGCCCUGGAUCUUCUCAAAGAAACAGGGAUGCUUGAUGCAGCUCCUGUAAGCACACUAUGA